CUUUUUCCUUAACGGUCCUGGCAGGACGCGCAGGAACCAGCUCUGAUACCAACUGAGCUACAGCCUUUCGAGAUAAACAGGGCUUCCUGGGAGAAAAGAAGGAUUUGCAAAGUUCCCCGCCACGAUGUCGGACAGAAGCCCCUUUGAAACGGACAUGCUCACCCUGACCCGCUAUGUUAUGGAAAAGGGGCGUCAGGCCAAAGGGACUGGGGAGCUCACGCAACUGCUGAACUCCAUGCUGACGGCCAUCAAAGCCAUAUCCUCGGCUGUGCGCAAGGCCGGCCUGGCCCACCUGUAUGGAAUUGCGGGAAGCGUGAAUGUGACCGGGGAUGAGGUGAAGAAAUUGGACGUGUUAUCCAAUUCUUUGGUGAUCAACAUGCUCCAGUCCUCCUACAGCACCUGCGUCCUGGUUUCGGAGGAGAAUAAAGACGCGAUUAUCACCGCCAAGGAGAAGAGGGGGAAGUACGUGGUCUGCUUUGACCCACUGGAUGGAUCUUCUAACAUCGACUGCCUGGCCUCCAUUGGAACCAUCUUUGCCAUCUACAGGAAGACUUCAGAGGAUGAGCCUUCUGAAAAGGAUGCUCUGCAGCCAGGCCGAAAUAUCGUGGCUGCGGGCUAUGCCCUCUAUGGUAGUGCAACCUUGGUGGCUCUUUCCACUGGGCAAGGAGUGGACCUCUUCAUGCUUGACCCAGCUCUCGGUGAAUUUGUCCUGGUGGAAAAAGAUGUCAAGAUAAAACAGAAAGGCAAGAUUUACAGUCUCAAUGAGGGCUAUGCCAAAUAUUUUGAUGCUGCCACCACAGAAUAUGUGCAGAAAAAGAAAUUUCCUGAGGAUGGCAGUGCGCCCUAUGGGGCCCGGUACGUGGGCUCCAUGGUGGCCGAUGUGCACCGCACCCUGGUCUACGGAGGGAUCUUCCUGUACCCGGCGAAUCAGAAAAGUCCGAAGGGCAAGCUCCGGCUCCUGUACGAGUGCAAUCCCGUGGCCUUUAUCAUAGAGCAGGCUGGAGGCCUGGCGACCACAGGCACCCAGCCCGUGCUGGACGUGAAACCGGAGUCCAUUCACCAGCGAGUUCCCCUCAUUCUGGGGUCCCCAGAUGAUGUGAAAGAGUACCUCACCUGUGUACAGAAAAGCCAGGCAGGAAGGUAGUGGGUUUCACCCGGAAUGCUGCCUUUUUUUUUUUUUUUGUCUUGUCCCUUCUAUUAAGGGCCCUAAAUAAACAAUCAUUGUAAACAGU